AUGGCUGGCUGCGCCAUUACCAACCCCAUGCAGAUGCUUCAGGAAGAAGCUGUGUGCUCAAUAUGCCUGGAUUACUUCCAGGAUCCCGUGUCUAUUGGCUGUGGACACAAUUUCUGCCGAGGGUGUGUGACCCAGCUGUGGGGCGAGGAGGAUGAAGAGAAGGAUGAAUGGGAGGAAGCAGAGGACCAGGAAGCAGUGAGGGCCAUUGGUAGGUGGGACAACUCCAUUCGAGAGGUUUUGUACCAGGGAAAUGCUGACGAGGCUUUCCAGGACCAAGAAGAUGAACCCUGGGUUAGUGAGUGUGGCGUCAGGACCUGGGACUCUGCAAGCUUUGUGUGGGACCAGGAAGAAGAUCGAGACUAUUCCCUGGGUGGCUUAAGACAUGACUUGACAAUUGACGUCUACCUAGAAGAAGAGAUACUGGAAGAAUACAGUGAGGAUGACGAGUUCUACGUUGCCAACUACCCGCCUCCUCCUCCAACCCUUCGGCGGCAGUUCACCUGCCCCCAGUGUCUGAGGAAUUUUACACAUCGUAACCUUCGUCCCAACUUGCAACUAGCCAACAUGGUCCAGAUAAUUCGCCAGAUGUGCCCUACUUAUCGAGGGAACUGGGGAAACGAGCAGGGCAUCUGCUCCAAACAUCAGGAAGCCCUGAAACUCUUCUGUGAAGUGGAUAAAGAGACUGUCUGUGUAGUGUGUAGAGAAUCCAGGAGCCACAAACAGCACAGCGUGGUGCCUUUGGAGGAGGUGAUGCAAGAGUAUAAGGUGAGAGAAAUGGGGGUAGGAUAA